UCCACUCAAUCAUGAAUGCACAGGGAUUGCAGCAGCAGCAGCAGCAGCAGCAGCAGCAGCAGCACCGCGAGAUGGAGAUCUCCGCUGUGAGUGCCUGUACUAGCUGUCACUGCACUGGCUGCCUCUCUCGCUGGACGCAAGCACGGCGCCUGAUGAACGCACGGAUGGACACUUGGUACACGGGGGAGAGGCGCUCGCUUGUCCUUUGCACCUCUGAUCUGUGUCUCAAGGAAAUAUGGUGAGUAAAGAGGACAACAAAUGCAUGGUUGCGUCAGACUUCGAUGAUUCCGAUUCAGACACGGGCCUCGCACACAACCUUGAUGCACAGCAGGUGAAGAAGAAAAACAAGGCCUUGCAGGUGCGGUUUCAGGAUAUUUGUGAAGCACAGAAUGAGUUUAAAGGAAAACACACCAGAUCCAUUUCUUGUAAAGUGACACAUCGACAGUACUUGACCAUGCCAGCCAGACGAUCCAUCCCAAAUGUGACAAGGAGUACGGGUGUACAGACAUCGCCGGAGCUGACUAAACGAUACAAGACUUUUCCCUUUGAGAGGAAAAAGGGACACACAUUUAAACACACUGCUUUAGUGGAAGAUUACAGAGGACAAAACAAUGGAUUUUUGAGUGAUAUAAAAGCAGUCGGAGAGGACGGGCAACCCAUCGGGGUAUCUUCUAAGUGCCAGGGUAAAAUUGUGGGACAGACUAAAGCUUUGCUUCAUCAAACUGAUGACAGCAGCGAUACAGAGGAUUUGAUUUGUGACGCCAACUGUGUGGAUGGACCCUCUUGUACAGACUCACAUUUCUCACAAGAAUCCCGUCUGAGCAACCCUUCCUCCAAAAGUGAACCGGAGCACCAGGAUUGCAGGACAAGGACCAAACACAAAGGAUUAGCCCGGGAAGAUACGGAUGCUGGUGCUUCCUCCAAGCGUCAGCUGGCUACCUCUGAGCUUGUACAGGACCGCUCAAAGGGCCGGGGCCCGGUUGCAUGGAAUUCUUUAACCCAAGUGGAGUCUUUAGGAAGUCCCUCUAAGGCUUGUAAAAGAAAGAAAGGACCGCAGUUGAGCGAGCAGCAGUCACAGACGCUUCCCCACAGCGCCAAAUGCUCGGCGCAGUCACAAGGAUCGUGUCGGACAAAACAUGCGUCGGCGUCCUCCAAACUGCAGGGCACGCCAGGGACGGUUGAGGGCCUUCCCUCUGGAAAUACCGGUGCGCCGGGCGUGGGCAGCGGCCAGCAGAUAAUUCCCUUAUCUGACGACAAGGAUAUCAAAGCACAGCUCCAGGCGAUGGAGACGCUAAUCAACUCCAGCCAGGAGACCAUUAAGGUCCUGCUUGGAGUUAUUCAGGAGUUGGAGAAAGGUGAAGCACAGCGAGAUGGGCUCACCUACCGAACAGGACAAGACACAGCGAACUGUGACACUUGUCGAAACAGUGCAUGCAUCAUUUACAGUGUGGAGCUGGACUUCAAGCUGCAGGAGGACAAGCUGCAGCCCCUGAUGAAGAGACUUUGCCCCCAGGACAGCCAACAAUGUCCCACCCUGCCUUACUCCAACGAAGUCUUCACAUCCACUCCCAAACGCAAAUCCAAGUCUGACUCUAAGAAGCACGCCCGCUGGAAACUGUGGUUCCUUUGAACGGAACAUGAAUGCUUUGGAAACGGCCUUUUACUGGGCGCACUAGUACCCCAUGCUUGUCUCAAAAUGGAUGAAAGAAUAUUCCGGAGGAGGGAUCAAGCCAAGACGAUGGAUAACAGAACAGUAGAGAACCGUUCAUUUUUGGGGUUCUGAGCUGAGACUGCACGUCAAGUCAGCGGGGAGAAAACAAAACAAAAAAACUAAAUAUAUAUUUUCAAACUGUGCCAAACAUUUUCCUGGCAUGUUAGCUGGAGAGGAUGGAUGAACACCUGCAAAUCUAGCAUACUGCUUGGCAACAAGAAGAGGUGCCACGUGAAGGGCCUUUCAUUCGUGAAGGUGUUAUCUUUGAAUGGACACCACCUCUGGCAAAGCACAACAACUGACUAUUUAUUUAUGAGGAGCACGUGUCAAGGACUGAAGUCCAGCACAGUACUUCCUACUCAGCCCGCCUCUUUUUCCUCUUCCAUCCCUUCUUUUUUCAGUUCAGCACCUUGUACAAAUAACGAACCAACAUCGCCUUAGAUAUAAUGUUUAGCCCACCACCCCCCACCCCCCUUAAUGGAUGAUACAUGGAGUUGAGAAUGUAUGUAUAUUUUUGCGCAUUGGGUGUUUUUACUGCACCGUAAAGUAUCUUCUGCAGGCUCGGCUGAGAGGCUACAUGAUGGAUAAAUAUGCGUGAAUUUUGUAGUUUUAUGGCUCAGAUGCAAUGAGGUACAGUGGAGGUUAUUAAGUUAUGGUUAUAAAAAUAGUCGCACACGUACGACUGGACCAGCCGUAAAAACAACCUGCAGAAUAUACAACGCGCAAAUACAGCCACUGCCUAUACUUUAUAUUAUAAUCUACAUAUUUAUAGCAAAGAUGAGGACAUUUUGGCAGAAACAAGGCGUGAGUGAGCCUCUCCUUAAUUUUUUAAAAUGGUAUUUUCUGGAUGAGCUCACAUUUUUAACAACACGUGCAUACAUAUUUGUAUUUUUAGGAUGAUGUGAUGCUUCGGAAGUCCCAGCGGCAAGUAAAGGUUGUUUCUGAAAGUCCUUUUUGUUGUCGUGAGAAUGGUUUAUUGUUACUUGGCAGGUACACUUUUUCUGAGGGAAUUGCACGAGGACACUAGUGUCGGGAUAUAUUGUACUGUAAUGCCGCUUUCCUCCUGCAGAGGCAACAGUGAGUAGAAAUCAACUCAUCAUACAAACAGGGCUCCGAAAUGACAGUAGAUGUUUUAAUGUGAAUUGACUGUUAUUCUUCGAGUUUUCAUCCACGUGGACAUCGCAACAUUCUCUUACGGUG